AUGGAGACCGGAGAUAGUAGCAAUAUUCGGCAGCCAGCCCAUACUGGUGCCAACACACAACAGCACCCGAGGCAGGGAGACACAGUUGGGGACAACCCUGGAGUUCGUGCUGAUCCUCCAGUACCAAAUGUUCAGAAUCAGACACAGAAUUUCAGGGCCGAUCCAAACCCGAAUGAGUACUGUCCUCCUUCCAAGGCUGCCAAGUUAAAGAAGCAAAUCCUGAAUUUUCAGCAGUUUGGCAAUGAAGAUCUUCCUGAGGCUUGGAAGAGAUUUAAGGAGUUGAGGAGGCAGUGCCCGAAAAAUUUGAUGACCCUUAAGGAGUUGAGGAGGCAGUGCCCGAAAAAUUUGAUGACCCCAGGUGAGUUGAGGAGGCAGUGCCCGAAAAAUUUGAUGACCCCAGGUGGCUUUAUUUCAUCAUUCUAUGAGGGGUUAACUAACCGGUCAAAGAUUAUCCUAGAUACCUCAUCCUUUGGGGGUAUUUUCAUUGAUAUGGGACCGGCAGCUGGAGAGCAGAUGAUUGACAGGAUCACUUCUAACAACACUUACUGGUACACUGAGGGGGAUGAUAUACCCAAGAGGGAGAAGACAACUGGAAUGUUCGAAGUUGAAGAAAAAAUGGCAAUGCAGGCUCAGUUGGAUACCAUACAACACAUGCUAAAGCAAUUAGUACAGGGUCCUACUCAGAGUGUUCAGGCAGUUGCUCAUCCUCCACUGAUUCCACAUAGUCCUUAUGUUCCUAACCCCUAUUCUGUGCCACAGACCACAGGGCCAGGGGCAAGGUUAUGGGACCUAUCAGCAGCAAGGAAGAGAUCAGUUUGUCCCCUCUUGGAACAAUCAAGCAAUCAAGUGAGGAACAAUCCACCAGGUUUUCAAGAAAUAGAUGGUCUCAAGGCUCAGCAACAAGGCGGAGGUAAUCAGUUUUCUAAUCAACCUUCCUCUUCGAAUGGUAGACUGCCAGCAAGCACAAAAAAUCCAAGGCACCAAGUGAAUGCAGUCACCACUAGAAGUGGAUUAGCUUUGAAGGACCCCUCUUUUCCUUCGAAUGAUCCAGUGCCUGAGAAAGCUGAUAAGAAGGAUGAGGGUGUUCAGGUUGAGGAUGCUCUUGAUGAUAGUGAGGAAGAGCCUAUGGUGCAGGGAGAUAGUGUUAAGGAGAAAGCUCCUGAGCAGGAUGAAAGUGCUCCAAGUAAGAAGCAUGAAGGGAAGAACAAGAAGGUAGAUGACUCGGUUAUACCUUACAACUUGUUACCAUAUCCACAGAGGUUGUGGAAAUCAAAGGAGUCUGAUAGAGAUAGCAAGUUCCAUAAGAUGUUAGAUAAGCUGGAGAUCUCCAUGCCUUUUGUUGAAGCAAUCACUCAGAUUCCAUCGUACAAGAAGUUUAUGAAGAAUAUUUUAGGCAAUAAGAAAAAGCCAGAGAAGAGUGCGGUGGUGGAUCUGAGCGAAGGUGCCUUGACCUGUGCAGUUCUUCAACAUAAACUACCUCCUAAGCUGAAAGAUCCAGGUAGUUUUUCCAUCCCUUGCAUCAUUGCUGGAUUUGUAGUUGGGGGUGCUCUGUGUGAUCUGGGUGCCAGUGUUAGUCUUAUGCCAUAUUCUUUAUGUAAGAGGCUCAAUAUGGGAACACCAAAACCCACCUCCAUGACCCUACAGAUGGCGGAUCGCUCCAUAAAGCGUCCGGUAGGAGUUCUAGAGGAUGUCCCGGUCAUGAUUGAUCAGUAUUUUAUACCGGGGGAUUUUGUUGUACUGGAUAUAGAGGAGGAUGCCAAGGUUCCUAUUAUACUUGGUAGACCUUUUCUAGCUACUGCUGGUGCACUUAUUGAUGUGAGAAGAGGAAAACUCGUGAUGGAGGUGGCAGAGAACAAGAUUGAAUUUGACAUAUUCAAAAUGGCAAAGCACCAGCCCUCAUAUGUUGAUGUGAAACCGAGCUUGGGCGCGAAAAAGGACAAAACUGCGCAAGGCGGAGCCUGGAUCACGGCCACUGUCACGGCCGUGACCCAGGCCGUGAUGCCGAGGCGUCGUUUUUUUCGACAAACAGAGCGAAAGAGGGCUCUGGGUCACGGGCCGCAUCCCGGCCGUGACCCAGACCGUGAUGGCGUCGGCAAUUUCUAG